AUGGAACCCAGGUCGCUAUUUUUAUGUUUUUUGCUGAUUAACACUGUUCUAGCCGAUACGAAAAGUUCAGAUGACGAUGGUUUCUACAAGUUUCUAUCAGACUCUUUUCAGAAAGAUGAAGAAAUCCGUCGAGCUCCACCUCCACCGCCAAAGGAACGUAACAAACCGAAAGAAUAUGAGCCAGCUAAGCUAGCAGAUAUAGUUCAACUACCAGGAGGCUAUAACCCGCUUCCCGGUCGAACAUCAUUCGGUGACUACUGGCCACUCAUGCCGAUGUCCAACCAAUAUCACGCAGCGGUGACCUAUGAUACGUCAAAAGGAAGGCACGUCGGCGGUGACAUCCUUGUUCCUGUUCCUUAUUGGAACAAUUUUUUGAACAUCGGAGGACACUACAUCGAACGUUUUCAGGAAGAAUGGGUCAAAGUCGGAUAUGUGAACAGUCCAGUUAACAUGUUAGGACUAACCAAAGAACAAAUUACUAGACUUCUUUCAGAUCCAUCACUUCAUUAUAAUAGACAAAUUCACCCCAAGCUACCAGUUGGUGCAUUACCAAGAGAAUAUGAGCCAAUUUCUUGCAAACCACCGCUGUGUAAUCCUUACCAAGGAACUCUAGGUGUCGGGGUCGAAGCAAAUUACCAUAUUGAAGAUGGAGUGGAAGGAGAGCUUGAUCUGCCGAUACCGGUUGGAAAAGAUAUUGCCUAUCGUUUCCCACUUUCCGGAAACAUUCAUUAUGACCAUGAUGACACUUCCUUUAACUAUGGACAGAAUCUGAGCCCACUCGAUCCGCUUGGUCCUGGAUUUCCAGAUGAAAAGAAAACGAAUCCUAGAACUUUCAAGUUCCAGACGUCUCAAUAA